AUGGAUAUCAAGAAUGAGACACGAGUGACCAUGUUUGAGUUUUCUGGACUAACUGAUGAUGAAAAUCUUGUCCCGUUCCUCUUCAUGUUCAUUUCUCUGGUUUAUAUGGUGACCAUAGUAGGAAAUGUUGGGAUGAUAGCCCUUGUCUGUGUCUUCUCCAACCUACAAACUCCAAUGUACUACUUCCUGAGUUGCCUCUCUUUUGUGGAUAUCUUCUACUCCUCGGUUAUCAUACCAAAUACAUUGUAUCAUUUGCUUUCUCUUAAGAAGUCAAUUUCAUUUCUUGGUUGUGCCGUCCAAUAUUACUUCUUUAGUGCACUGGCGAGCACCGAGACUCUCCUUCUCUCCACCAUGUCCUAUGACCGCUAUGUGGCCAUCUGCCACCCUCUCCACUACACCUUGAUAAUGACCAAGAAGAAAUGUUUUGGUUUGGUUCUUUAUUCCUACUCCAUUAGUUUCUUGCAGUCCAUUGUGCAGAUCAGUUGUACGUUCAGUCUUCCAUUCUGUGGACCGAACCUUAUUGAUCAUUUCUACUGUGACAUCGCGCCAUUGCUCAAACUGUCCUGUGCUAAUAAUUUCCAUUGUGAUAUGGUAACAGGCGCUCUUGUAGCAGCUUGUGGAAUAUAUACAUUGACGACAAUCUUCCUCUCCUACAGUUUCAUAUUUCUCUCAAUUUUUAGGAUGACAUCUAAUAAGGGGAGGCAGAAGGCCUUCAGCACAUGCUCCUCACAUAUUAUUUGUGUCUCGACCUUCAUUACGGCAGUCUUCUUCACAUAUCUGCGCCCUCAUUCUGGAGCCUUUGAGAUACAAGACAAGGUGGCUUCUCUUUUCUAUACAGCAGUGACCCCGAUGCUGAAUCCUCUUAUCUACAGCCUGAGGAACCAAGAGGUGAAGCGGCUCCUUGUCCAAGCAAUGCGAAAAAACAUUUGA